AUGGGAAAAGAAGAAUUGCAAAAAUUUAUUGAUAAUUGGCUUGAAUGGGAUAAGAAUGAUGACACUCGAAAUCAAAUUUCUAAACUUCUGGAAGCAGGAAAUACAGCAGAACUCAAAGCUUUGAUGAUUGGUGAACUUUCUUUUGGAACAGGCUUCACUCAAUUAAAUGAACUUAACGUAAUCCUACUCUCUCAUGGAAUGGCUCAACUUUUAUUGCAAGAGAUGCCAAUUAAAAAAAACAAAAAGUUAAAAAUUGUAGUUGGAUUUGAUGGACGUCACAAUAGUUUGAGAUUCGCUCAAUUAGCCUCCAAUGUAUUUAUCAACAAUGGAAUUUGUGUAACUUUGUUUUCUGAAUGUGUCCCUACACCUGUUGUUUCUUUUGCCGUUGUUGAAUUAAAUUGUGAUGCUGGUUUAAUGAUAACUGUCUCCCAAAACCCAACAAAAUAUAAUGGUUAUACAAUUUAUUGGAAUAAUGGUGCUCAAAUACUUCAAUCUCUGGAGCAGACCUGGGCGAAACUCAAAAUUUUUUUCUGA